CGCACGGGGUCUACGAGUCAAACAUGACAGUUUGACAGACGCAAGAAACUGUUGUCUUCUCGUGUUGUAACCUCCGCAGAGAACUAAAGCCGGACUCUCUCUCCGGCGUCUAACUAGAGCUGUAUUUAAUUGGCAGGACAGCCAUGCGCAGCUGCGUGCGGAGUUCCAGGGCUCUGUCCCCGGCCCUGUUCCCCCGGCUGCUGUCAGAUGCUGGUUGCUGGGGGACUCAGCCUGCUCGCCGGGGCCUAUGGAGUUCCCCUCGAAACCUGUCUUCGGGACUGGACACCCAGCAGCAGAGACCGUUACCCAGUCAGGCCAGAGUGGUGAUAUGUGGUGGGGGCAUAGUGGGCACUUCAGUGGCUUAUCACCUGGCAAAACUAGGAUGGACAGAGAUUGUACUUCUUGAGCAAGGAAGGUUGGGAGCAGGCACCACUCGCAUGUGUGCGGGAAUUGUCAGUGUUGCCAAGCCCAUCAUCAUAGAAAGCAAAAUGGCUGACUAUUCUAAUGCACUGUAUGAGCGAUUGGAAGAAGAAACAGGGGUUAAAACAGGGUUUGUGAGGACUGGCUCUCUGUGUCUGGCUCAGAAUCAGGACCGUUUCCUCUCACUGAAGCGCCUGGCAUCCAGGCUGAAGGUUAUGGGCAUCAACUGCAAUGUCAUCAAACCCAAAGAAGUGGCCAAGCUGCACCCAUUGGUUAACAUUCAUGAUCUAGUUGGGGCUCUGCACUUACCCGGAGAUGCAGUGGUCUCCUCCCCGGAUGUUAACCAUGCCCUGGCUGUGGCCGCCGCCAGCUACGGAGUGCAAAUCCAUGAGCGCACCACCGUCAACCAUAUCUUGCUAGAGAAAGGCCACGUGACUGGGGUGGAGACGGAUAGAGGCCCCAUUGAGUGUGAAUACUUUGUCAACUGUGCUGGACAGUGGGCAUAUGAGCUUGGCCAGGCCAGUGAGACCAAAAUGUCUGUUCCUUUGCACGGCUGUGAGCACUUCUACCUCCUCACCAAGCCUCUGGAGAAGCCGCUUGCACCAAACACGCCGGUGGUGAUGGACAUGGAUGGGAGAAUCUAUGUGCGGCCGUGGCAGGGGGGCGUCCUCUCGGGGGGCUUCGAGAAGAACCCUAAACCCAUCUUCACAGAGGGACGCAACCAGCAGGACGUGCAGAACAUGCAGGAAGACUGGGACCACUUUGAGCCCAUGCUGAGUGCCCUCCUGAGGCGGAUGCCGGGGUUGGAGUCCUCCGAGAUCCAGCAGCUGGUAAACUGCCCUGAGUCCUUCACCCCAGACAUGCGCUGCCUGAUGGGGGAGACGCCGACCGUGCACGGCUACUACGUUCUCGCCGGCAUGAACUCCUCCGGCCUUUCUUUUGCCGGCGGAGCUGGAAAGUACCUGGCGGAGUGGAUGACGUACGGCUACCCCACUGCCAACGUCUGGCCUCUGGACAUCAAGCGCUUCGGCAACCUGCAGAGCAGCCGCACCUUCCUGCGCCACCGCGUCAUGGAGGUGAUGCCCCUGCUGUACGAGCUGAAGGUCCCACGCUGGGACUUCCAAACAGGCAGGCAGCUGCGCACCAGCCCCCUGUACGACCGGCUGGACACCCAGGGGGGCCGCUGGAUGGAGAAGCACGGUUUCGAGAGAGCCAAGUACUUCGUCCCUCCGGGGAAGGACCUGCUGUCUCUGGACCAGAGUAAGACCUUCUACAAGCCUGACUGGUUUGACAUAGUGGGGGCCGAGGUGAAGUGCUGUAAAGAGGCUGUGUGCACCAUCGAUAUGUCCUCCUUCACCAAGUUUGAGCUCACGUCCACUGGAGACCAAGCUCUGGAGCUGCUGCAGCACCUGUGUGCCAACGACCUGGACGUGCCAGUCGGACACAUCGUCCACACAGGCAUGCUGAACGAGCGGGGCGGCUAUGAGAACGACUGCAGUGUUGUGCGCCUGAGCAAGAACAGCUUCUUCAUCAUCUCGCCCACGGAUCAGCAGGUCCACUGCUGGUCCUGGAUCAAGAGGCACAUGCCCAACGACCCACAGCUCCACCUAGAGGACGUCAGCUGGAAGUACACCGCUCUCAAUCUGAUUGGCCCACGAGCAAUGGAUGUGCUCUCUGAGCUCUCCUACGUCUCCAUGACACCUGAGCACUUCCCGUCCCUGUUCUGUAAGGAAAUGAGUGUUGGUUAUGCCAAUGGCAUCAGAGUCAUGAGUAUGACGCACACUGGCGAGCCCGGGUUUAUGCUCUACAUACCUAUUGAGUACGCGCUGCACGUGUACAACGAAGUCAUGUCGGUGGGACAGAAGUAUGGCAUUCGCAACGCUGGCUACUACGCCCUGCGCAGCCUGCGCAUCGAGAAGUUCUUCGCCUUCUGGGGACAGGACCUGGACUCCUUCACCACACCGCUGGAGUGCGGCCGCGAGUUCAGGGUCAAAUUUGACAAGGACACCGACUUCCUGGGCCGCGAGGCCCUGCUGCAGCAGCGCCAGGCCGGCGUGACCCGGCGCUUCGUCAUGCUGGUGCUGGAGGACCACGACACGGAGCUGGACCUGUGGCCCUGGUGGGGCGAGCCCAUCUUCCGCAACGGCCUGCUGGCCGGCACCACCACCAGCAGCGCCUACAGCUACACGCUGGAGCGCCACGUGUGCCUGGGCUUCGUCAGCCCGCCGCCCGGCGAAGACGGCGCGCCGGCCGCCAUCACGCCCGACUUCAUCAACCGCGGCGACUACGAGGUGGACAUCGCCGGGCAGCGCUACCCGGCCAAGGCCAAGCUCUACCCCUUCAGCUCGCUGUUCGCCCAGCAGCGCCGGCGCAAGGACGACAUGGAGCUCAGCAACUUCCAGGGCAAGUGAUGAAGCUCUGGAUGAGGAGGAGGAGGAGGGGGGGGCAGGUGAGGAGCUUUGUUUAGGCCGGGGGUCGGAAAGUUCAGAGGAGUAAGGUGCCAGCACCACCAGCCCCACUCACCCACCACCACCAUCUUUCCUGCAAGAAACCGGUGGGUGGGAGACUCUCUGCCAACCAUGGCAUUCAUCUCCUGGGAUUCUACAGCUGCACAAUCAAUCUUUCUCUCCUCUCUCUCUCUCUCUCGGCUUUUUGGAGAAGAGCAAUAUUACCACUCAGACGCCAAACACGGCCGCCCCUUGUGUGUCAGAUGGAAUCCGUCUGAUGUUCAGACUCCUCCUGUUCGCUCUGAUAAACUCUUGUCUGUACAUAGCCUGCUUCUCCCGCUACAGCUGAGAGCCCCUACAGCGAGGGACCGCACGAAUAACCAAACACAAAGAGGCGUGAGCGCAGCAGCAGCCUGUCUGGUGCGCAGAGGAAUCUGCCAGUGGUGAUCACUACACAGCUGUGCACUGAUGAGCUCUCUAUUCUCUUCUCUGCUGGCGAAGAGCAACUGUUUCUCUCGCGUAGAUUGUCAUCCGCUUGCCGGCGAGAAGCCGACUCACAACGCCUUUGCUGAAGGGAUCGGUCGUUUGUAGAUGUUUACCUACAGUAUCUCUCUUUCUCUCUCUCUCUCUUUCUUUUCUCUCUCUCUCUCUCUCUCUCUCUCUUUCUCUCUUUCUCUCUUUCUCUCUCUCUCUUUCCUCUCUCUCUCUCUCUUUUCUCUCUUCUCUCUCUCUCACUCACUGCAUUAUAUUUGUCCUCUGAGAAGCAGAAGCUGCUGGAAACUGCUCACCAGCUUGCCUUUAGUAUUUUGUGCUUGGUUACCUGUUUCUGGAGUGUAGGUCGGGUAGUCUGUGAUGGAGUGGGACGUGCCUCGGCUUGAUGGGGCGUUCAUUUGACGGGGAUGUGCAGAUCAGUGCUGGAGGAACAGAGACAUUUUUGAAUUUCUGCCCGAAAAAAAGAUGGAAGAUGAGGGGCAGCGCCCCACCUGUCAUUGUGGUCUAUGCCUGUCUAUGGUGUAAUUAUAGUAGUCCUCUUGUUCAAUGAGCCACCAUGUUGUCAUGGUGUGUGUUUUACAUUGAUGUUUGAGGCGCCGAGCGUUUGUCAUGGAUGAUUAGAGAUGCGUUUGACAUGAUAAAGGGAUGUAUUUUUGUAUAAUCUGUGUACAGGAACUCCUACAGGUUUGAUCGUGUACCAUAUUAUGUUUAAAGGACUUUAUAUAUUUAUUUUUGUUGUCACUUGUAUAUCAGACAGAACAAUUUGUAUCAGAUAUAUAUGUUAAGAAGGCCUGCCUCCAACACACAUACACAGACACACACACGCACACACACACACACACACACACACACACACACCAGUGUAUCAGUGUCUAUCUGUGAGAACAAUCUAGACUACAAUCAGCAGCAUACGUCACUGAGCAUUUGCUAUGUAUGAUGGCAGUUGUGUGUGUGUGUGUGUGUGUCUGUGUGUGCCUGUGUGUAUUGAUUCCUUUAGAUUACUGGCACCAUCAGAUUAAGCGUCUCAUUUUGAAGACAAAUUGUAAAGGUCACUCUCACUGAAGAUGUGAUGUGAGUUUGUGUCAUAGUCACAAGUGUGUUGUACAUUUCAGCGGCUUAUGUCUUAUGAAGGGAGUUGGUGAUCUAUGAAGAUGCAUUCAUUGUAUCCUGAAGAGGCCUGAGACUGAGUGAGGUGUUCAGGCAAGUUUAUAGGACUCGUUUGUUUGAGGAGAUAAUUUUUACUUUCUGUAGUCAAGAGACUUGAGGGUGAACACAGUUCUCCUUGAGAAUCCUUAGCUGUCCGGGUAAUCGGAGUACUGGGCUGCCUGUCGAGAAAUGGUAGGGGACAGUUGAUGUGCAGGAGAUGUGGAUUUUCCAGUUUUUGCCAUUUGUGGACAGUUUCCUGGUAAUGGAUUUAGCCUAGUUCUAGGCUAAAAGCAUAGAUUAUUUCGAUGAGGAUUUUCAUUUAGGUUUUGUUUGAGUUUUGGACUAGGCUUAAUCCACAUACAGGAAUCCAGCCCUUGGGGUUAUUUUGUAAAGGUGUUUCUGUACUUCUGAUGCCGUAAUAUCACAGUGAAACAAGCACCAAUGGUGGUCAGUUGUGGUAGGAAGGACAUGCUGCCUCUCUGUCUACCAAAUGGAAUAGUAGAACAUGUUCUUUAAGUGCGUUGACUGCAAUGGUGCACGUGGUCAUGAAGUCUAGUCCAGGACACGGAGACAUAUUUAGAUACAGCGGACAUAUAUGGAUGAUGCAUGUGCUGUAGCCUCAUCACCCAUUUGCGAUGCUGUUUCAGGCUCUCUGUGUGUUCUUGUGUAUAUUAUAAACCAAAGGCACUAUAGUCUUUUCUGUCCGUUUUUCUUUUUGUUUGUUUGUUUGUUUGUUUUCCAUUUUUGUACAUAAUCAUCACUAUACUUGUAACACAAUAUUUUGUACUGGUUCUUGGUUAAAUUGAUCUUCCUUAUCUUUAGAAAGUAUCAUUAGGAACUCUGAAACUACUCUAUAACUAAAAUGAAGCUAGUUUAAGAAUUCAUGGCUAUGGGCCAGUGCUAAGACCCUAACUUAAUACAAAACCUGUAUCAUUAUUAAGGAAUGUGCAAUGCCUCUGAAUGAGGCAACUGUCUCUUUCGAUGUCAUUUAUUCAUUUCCUCCCCUGCACAAAAAAAGCUACUUAAAGCAUAAUUCACACAACAAGACAAUACAAUACAACAUAUAACAAGGUCUAUUCUCAGCGCCGAUGUUGAUUGUUUGUGUGUGUGUGUGUGUGUGUGUGUGUGUGUGUGAGUGGGCAUGUGUGUGUGCAUGUUCUGUUGAGGGUUGAGUGGCUUUUUAUGAUGGCAUCGAAACGUUCAGCUGGUGCAAUUGGUAUUUUUUGUUGUUAAAUAAAAACUGUCGCUAAUGGUCUUUUAUAUCUGUAGCUAUUUUAUUGGCUAAUUCAGAUGCGUGAUAAAUAAGAGAAUGUUUCUCAAUAUUGAAGUGCACUCUAUAAAGCCUGUUUAAUAGUUUUGUUGUCAAAAGCGUUUAACAGUUUUCUGACCCAUAAAAUGUAAAUAAAUAAAUAAGACAGUAAAGAAACAAGACGCAUCCACUGCACAGAACAUCAGGAAAUUGUUUCUUUUUACUGUGCCCUAGAAUUGCAUAAUUUUUAUCUGAAAUUUUUUUUUGAUUUAUGCCACCAAAAAAUACCCUUUGCACCAUGUGGAAUAAGUCACUACAUCACCCGCAGUCAUCUUUUCACAUAUGCAUAUAUGGAUAAGCAACACUCCAAAUCUCUUGCAUGGUAUUUCUCAUAAGGGGAUCUCAUGUCUGACACCUUACAGUGCUUACAAAGUACAGUAGCAUGGCAACUUCAGUCUUGGGCUCCUAAUCAAAUCCUAAUCCAUCUCCAUUCAUUUUUCCACCAAUACAGAUCUACAUUAUUAGACACUUAUUUACAAAAAGAUAGCACUUGGGGAAAGUAGCUGGAUAGCACUUUACAUUGAUUUGUGCCUUGGUAUUUGGACAGGGGACUUCGGCCAGAUUUGGAAGUGGUACUUUUGUUAACGUUUGUUGGUUUCUCAUAUAGUUGCUCUCAGUAGAGAUUCAUCCAUUUCAUGAAUGGAUCUCAGAAGAGGCAGAGAAAAGCCAUCCUCCUGGUCCUCUACUCAUGUUUCUGUUAACCAUUUUGGGAGAAAUAUUACAUUUCAUAAAUUUUCGUCCACUAAGGUUGUUGUGUUGUUUAUAUUGUAGUAUGUUGUGUAUGUAAUGUUUGUAUGUAUGUGCGUUUUAUGUAUGUAUAGUAUGUAUGUAUGUAUGUAUGUACUGUAUGUAUGUGCUGUAUGUAUGGUUGUGCAUGUAUUUUUUUGUUUGUGGAAAUGUUCUCUUUUGACUUGUGGCAGCAAGUCAGUAGUGAAAAAAAAAAGGUUUCAUCAUUUAAGUUGUCCACCUGCUGUGCACCUUUGUAUUUAUACGAUGUUGUACUGGUUUUUGGCUGUAUGUGUUUUACUACAAAUAAAAAUCUAAAUGAUACGGAA